CCCAUGUUGUUUCUGGAAAGCGCGCCAACAAUCGGGUACACGUUAAAUCACUACCGUCAUCUUUGCGCAUACUAUUAAGGGAAACUAGAGACACAUUGCCCUGCCCAAGAACCAUCCGACCAUCGAUUGCCCAUUGUUAAUAUUUGAUGAUCUGCUAUUGACGAUCGAUCCUUCUUUCUGCUCCUCCAUUAACUCCGAUCUUCAGAAAAGCGGGUGAAGCCUUGAAUGGCGAAGAGAUACCCAGAAGUAAGUGAAGAGUACCAGAAAGCCGUCCAGAAGUGCAAGAGGAAACUCCGUGGUCUCAUCGCCGAGAAGCACUGUGCUCCCAUCGUCCUCCGUCUUGCAUGGCACUCGGCAGGUACGUUUGAUGUGAACAAGACGGGAGGGCCUUUUGGGACGAUAAGGCAUCCUCAAGAGCUCUCUCAUGAAGCCAACAAUGGCUUGGAAAUAGCCGUCAAGCUUCUCGAACCCAUCAAGCAACAGUUCCCCAUCUUGUCAUAUGCUGAUUUCUACCAGCUGGCUGGAGUUGUUGCUGUCGAGAUCGCUGGAGGGCCUGAGAUUCCGUUCCACCCUGGUCGACCGGACAAAGUCGAACCACCCCCAGAAGGUCGCCUUCCUCAGGCUGUUAAAGGCGUCGACCAUCUGAGAGAUGUUUUCAGCCGCAUGGGUCUCAGCGAUAAGGACAUCGUCGCAUUAUCUGGUGGACACACUCUGGGUCGGUGCCACAAGGAACGUUCGGGAUUUGAGGGGCCGUGGACUCAGAACCCUCUCAUUUUCGACAACUCUUAUUUCAAGGAACUCCUCAGUGGAGAGAAAGAAGGCCUAAUACAGCUGUCAACCGACAAAGCUCUUCUAGAGGAUCCUGCCUUCCGACAUCUGGUCCAGAAAUACGCUGCGGAUGAGGAUGCCUUCAUCGAGGACUAUGCCGAAGCUCAUCUCAAGCUAUCGGAACUCGGGUAAGCGAUCGUACCGUCACUUCGUCUCUCUGCACAUCAUCUCUCGUCUGAUUUCUGGGUGUUGUGAAAGAAUCAUCGUUUUGGCGAUGAGUAGUGCGGUCGGGGGAACAUGCAUGCUAUGCCCUGUCGCUUUCUUGUUCGUCAAGUUACCGUAUGAGUGGCGUGUUGUGUUGUUGUGUUUCUGUGUAAUGAAAUGAAAUGAUGAAUAUUAGCAUGUGAUAAUGGUCUAUGAAAUCUGUGUUGUUCAUAAUGUACAAUCA